AUGGCCUUUAACACAAGCUUUGGCAGGACAGAAGGCUGGCAUGAAACUGACAAAUUUCAGUCCCAGUUGCGGACAAAACCACAGUCAGGUGAUUUCUUCGCCAGGCUCACUCAAAGCGGGCAAGAGGUGCUGUCCGGAGGAAACACCGCAGCUCUCAACGAGGUGCUACGCCAGUUCAAUGAGGAGAAGUCCCGCUACCAGGAGCCGCCGUUGCGAAUCCAGCUGCGGGAGCAUCAAACGGAAGCUGGUUUUCAGCGUCGUGAGCAGUUCCAAGACACUCUGGUACCUGAUCACAGACUCCCGCCUCAAGGAAAUCUCGGCGAUCAGUUGAAGUCGCAGCUGGUGGAGCUGGGGAACUUCGUUGGCUCCUUGCAGCUCCGCGCAGAGAAGCGCUCGAACGGAGAGCGCUCGCCCUUCGACUGCUUGGCAGGAGAUGGUGAUGACCACGCCGCCGGCAGCUCUCCCGCGGAUCGAUGCGAGGCCAAGGAGGGGAGCCCUGCGAGCUAUCACAGCCCAGGAUCUGGAGGCGGGGACCGAGAGGAGCUGGAGGUGUUGCGCUUGCAGAUUGCGGCCCUGGCGCAAUCGUUGGCAGGACUUGGCGCCUGUGUGGUGAACUGGUCCGCGUUUUUGACGAAUCCUCGGCGGCAGCAGCUGCAGUCCAUGGUCUUACGCUACACGGAGCCCUGUGAACACCUCAGCGCGGAGCUUCAGGACAUUCCCGCGGUAUGA